AUGCGUGACUUAUUGCGCCGGAAGCCUCUACUCUCCAAUGUCGCAUCGUACGGGUCCCUCUACGUUGGAGCGGAGUUCUCCCAACAGACGGUCAUAAGGGCUUGGGAUGAGGAAUGCAAGGACGAACCAUAUGAUUGGAAGCUGAUGGGACGAUACGCCGUUUAUUCCAUGGCGUUGGCAGGACCGGGUCUGUUCUAUUGGUUCCGAUGGCUGGACAGGAAGCUCCCGGGGAAAACAUUCGGGACAGCGUUGAAGAAAGUCUGCGCCGACCAAUUGGUGUCAAGCACCGGCUGCACGACUGUGUUCUACGUGUCCAUGUCGGUUCUGGAACAGAAAGAGGACAAAUUCGCCGAGCUCAGAGAGAAAUUCUGGCCCACCUACAAAGUUUCCUGUUGUUUCUGGCCGCCAAUUCAGUGGCUCAAUUUCCUCUUCGUGCCACCGCAGAUGAGAGUUAUCACGGUAGGGGUAGCUUCCUUUGUAUGGUGUAAUAUCCUUUGUAUCUUCAAACGAACUGUACAGGUUUAG